AUGUCAACUACACCAUCAGCAAAACAAUUUAAAGCAUUAGGCGAAGAAGUCUGGAAAUCCAAAGUCGAGAAAAUUGCAAGUUUCCCCUUGCCGGACCUAACACCACAUAUCACCAACGCCGAACUUUUCACUUUAACUUACGGCUCUUUAGUCGUGCAACUCGUAAAAGAUUACGAAGAUUAUGGUGAAGUGAAUAAGCAACUCGAGCAAAUGGGUUACAAUAUUGGUCAACGCUUAAUCGAAGACUUUUUGGCACGAUCGGGCAUCGGACGCUGCACUGAAUUCAGGGACACAGCCGAAGCCAUCAGCAAGAUAGGAUUCAGAAUGUUUCUCAACAUUGCACCCAACGUUGCAAACUGGUCUUCAGAUUCAAAGGAGUUCUCGCUCAUAUUUGAUGAGAAUCCGUUAACCGAGUUUGUCGAACUACCAGAGGAUGCCCUGGAAGGCGGAUUAUGGUAUUCUAACAUCUACUGUGGUGUAUUACGCGGUGCUUUGGAAAUGGUACAAAUGCAGGUGGAAACAGCAUUUGUAAGCGAUGUGCUUCGUGGUGAUGAUGCGACAGAAAUACGCGUCAAGCUCAUCCGCUAUUUAGAAGAAGAGGUUCCAGCAGGCGAAGACUAG